UUCCACCGCGGCUACGACCAAGUUAGACAAGCUGAUUUCAUACAGAAGAUCUGCAAUGAAUACCGUAACGAGUGUGAUAAGGGUGAUUAUUGCGAAUACGCUGGAGGUUAUCAAAAAGGGUCUUAUGAUGAUGUUCAUGAUUCUAGAGACUAUGAUGAUUAUGGCGGCAUGAUUGGAGGUAAUUGUGGCUACUACGACUAUGUUGGCUACCCGGGCGUAGUGAGUUUGUAUGAUGAGAAUGUUGAAUUCUGGGGCAGACAUGGAGAAUACGGUUGGUAUGGGUAUGGUGGAUUAGACGACUUUGAUGGGGGUUUGAUGAACUUGAAAAUCGUGGACUUUCUGGUGGCUAUGCGGGUUAUGGUGGAUAUGACAGCGAUAAAAUGGGGCUAUGAAGGUCACUUCGAUGACUGA